AUGGAGCUCACCAUGGAGAACCUUCACAGCGUCUCCUCGCACUCCCAGGUGGGAGACCUCAUGAGCUCUCCGCACGCGCGGCCGUCGCCGUCCCCCAGCUCCGCUUCCCGGAAUCUGGUCUCACACGGUCCCGGCGCGCGGACAGCCAUGGUCUCCGGCAUGGCCUCGCUUCUUGACAGCUCCGGCGGGGACUACCGGACAGACCCGUCUGCGCUGUCCGGACACUUACACCCGUCCAUCAGCAUGUGCGAGACCGGGAUGAGCCUUAGUAACACAUACACCACGCUGACCCCUCUGCAGCAUCUACCUCCGAUAUCCACCGUCUCGGAUAAGUUUUCCCACCCGCACACUCACCACCACGCUGCCGCCCAUCAACGACUCUCCGCCGGGAACGUUAGCGGCAGCUUCACGCUGAUGCGGGACGACCACCGGGGGCUCGCCUCCAUGGGCAAUCUGUACAGUCACUACCCCAAAGAGAUGUCAGUGUCCGGUAUGGGCCACGGCUCGCUCUCCCCGCUGUCCAGCGGUCUGGGUUCUUUGCACAACUCCCAGCAGCCGCUGUCAGCCUACGGUCCAAGCGCACACCUCUCCACCGACGCCAAGAUGCUCUCACCGGUGUCAGGGUUUGAGUCCCACGCUUCCAUGCUGUCCCGAAGUGACCAAGAGCACCUGGCCAGAAGUUUAGGGGGUCACGGCCACGGUAUGAUCUCCAACCUCAACGGCAUGCACCACCACCCGCACAGUCACCUCCACUCCCAGGCGAACGGCGCGGUCAUGCUGGGGGGCCGUGAGAGGCACGGCCACGGAGCCGCGCAGGGAGUAGCAGGGUCCGGCAUGCAAACGGAGGAAAUCAACACAAAGGAAGUGGCUCAGCGGAUAACGGCCGAGUUGAAACGGUACUCCAUCCCGCAGGCGAUAUUCGCCCAGAGGAUCUUGAGCCGAUCGCAGGGAACCUUGUCAGACCUGCUACGGAACCCCAAACCCUGGAGUAAGCUCAAGUCAGGCCGGGAGACCUUCAGGAGGAUGUGGAAGUGGCUGCAGGAGCCCGAGUUUCAACGGAUGUCUGCUCUACGGCUGGCCGCAUGUAAACGCAAGGAGGAGGACCGAGGACGGGACCGGAACCAGGUGCCAAAGAAGCAGCGACUGGUCUUCACCGACCUGCAGCGUCGCACUUUGGUAGCCAUCUUCAGAGAGAACCGCCGGCCCUCCAAGGAGAUGCAGAUCACCAUCUCCCAGCAGCUGGGCCUGGAGCUCUCCACCGUCUCCAACUUCUUUAUGAACUCACGCCGCCGCUGCACGGACCGCUGGGACACCGAGGAGCACAAUCACGGGGUGCAUGGCCACGUGCACACUCCUCAUGGAAACAGCAACAACUCACCGAUCCAACCUGGUACCUCCUGUGCAGCCACUUUCUCCAAGGCCUGACGUUGGCAGGACGGAUGGUUGAACCCAUGCACGGAGGAUGGAGGGGGGGGGGGGGGGGGGGGGGGGGGAUGUUUUUCACUAAAGCACUCCUGCAGAGCUACAGGGUGUUCAGCUUCAGACCACUGAUCUGAUUCAUCUACUCAGAGUGCUGAUGACUUGUGCAGAUGAAUCAGAGCUUCGGGUGUUUUUUUUCAAUCUGAAUGUUACUCUUAGGGGUUAACAUGCAUUUCAAAUUGUGGUUCUUCAAACCAAAGAUCCAGUAGCUUUAAAGAUGCCAUGAAAACAACCACAUGUGGCUCUGAGUAAAUCCAACUGAAAACCAAAGGAAAUCCAUCCAUCCAAUCCAAAACGCACUGUGGUUCUGUGUUAGGGAGGCCCUUAGGAUCCUCUGCUGAUUGUCAGGAUGUAAACACACCAACAAAAAAAAUCACUCAUGACAGGGAACAGAUAGCUUUGAGACAGGAAACCUUGAGCAGACGCACGUUGGUCUUCACAAAUCAGCCAGAAAUCAGACAGCGGGUGUGUCUGCUGGGCCGUGAUCAUUUCAGUAACAGACGCUGAGGCUGAUUGAGAGGUACGUUUGUGUGUCAAGUGUCUGUUAGACGCUCUCGGCAGGUCCUUUGACCCGCUAACCACACCACUUUUCACCGCUCUGCAUCACUGCAGGCGUGCGUGUGUGCGUGUGCACAAUUCCUUGUGUUGCUCCUUGGGUGUAAUUCCUCUGCAGUGAUUCGGCCUGCUCCGCGUCAGAGUAACGGUGCCACCUGCUGUCCAUUCAAACCACAUCUGAACAGAGUGUGUGGGUGCACCUCAUGUCUCCAGCAGGCCUAACUCAACACAGUGUAGCCUGCAUUGUAGAUUUCUAUUAGGAUAAAGAUACCACUGCUCCAUAUAAGCGGGUGUGUAGCUCUUCAAACACCAAAAAACUGAGACACAAUGAUGAUUGCUCACAAACCCUUUGAUACACAUUUGAAUGUUUCUUAAGACUCGUUGUAGGGCAACAUGGCCGUAGACCGUGUAGCCACGUGAGAGGUUAUUUUCAGGUUUAAAAAAAAAGGAGAACAAUCAAACAGGGAUGACACACCCCACAUUUUAAAAGUGUCAUGCCCGAAUGUAGGGAGUGAGGGAGAGGGGGGGGUCUGCACUGUUCUAGUGGCCAAACGCAGAGGUCAAAUGUCACAAUAUGAGAUCCUGAGUGCCAAUGACGUUUGCCUCUUUAUGAUAAUCAGAGAACAGGUGCAGCCCGCUCCGUCGCCAUGCCCCCCCACAACCCCCCCGCCGUGUCUGGCCUGUGUCAUCACAACCGUCAAAUCGCGAGCACUACACGGACGCGUUGCCUAGUCCAUACCUCAGAAAAACGUUGAUGUGAUCGAUAUGAAUCACAAUGAAAAUGACUGUAAAUAAUAUUUCAUUUCGUUCCUCUUUCUCUCUCUUUCUCUUAUCUAUUCUCAUCUACUCUCUUGCUGUUGUGUCUUUCUUUCAUUUCUCCCUCCUUUAACUAUUGAUGCGGGUAAUGCUAGCACCAUAGACACACGGUUUCUCUCUCGUGACCAGUGUGCUAUGUCGUGCUGAAACUACAUGUAAAGAAGCACCUUGUCGACAAAAUGUAAAAACUUAAAGAUGAAAAAAAAGACAAAUGAACACAGACUGACCCUAUGCACAGACGAGGAAGGAAUACCACAACUGUGCAUAUCUGGGAACACCUGUGUGAUGGAGGGCCCACUUCCUCGAUCUCUGAACGUUUGAGCCCUUUGAAGUGAACUGUCACUGCAUUCCUCUGCUGAUGGUGUUUUUGGUUACCAUGGGAACCACCUCAUUUCUUUGUGUCUUUUAAAUAUUUCUUUUUGCGUGGGCAAAGCCACUUGUUGUGUAGCAUCUUCUAGCGGGAGAUAAUCAUAUUAGAGAGGAGACGCAGACAGGUGGGAGAAGGGUGGAGCAGGGGCAUCAGGGGCCCAUCACCGGACCGGAGGGGAACAUUUAAGUGACGUUUCUUCAUAGUUUGGCUUCUGCUUGUGCACUAUACCAGACUCCCCGUUGGAGGUGUCAUUUAAGACGUCUUCUAGAGUCUAGAAGGGAACCAAACUAGCUUUUUAGUGCAGAUAUUUGAAGCAAAGAUGCAAAUCAAAGAGUUAGCGAUGGAAACAGUUGUGUGUGUGUGUGGCUACCUCACAGAAUAGAGUGGACUGUGACACAGCCAUCAACCACCGAUACCAAAGAUACUUCAAGCCUGCCGUGUUCACGCUGGACCUGGGACGUGCACACACAUGCAAACACAACACACGUGCAAAUACGUGCUUCUGAGUGCACAUCCACACUUUCACAGAGCAGUCGUGCUGCGUGACAGACACACACACACAGGUGUUUGUCAUGUGGGAAGAGUUGAGUGCCUUUUUCCUUCAACCAGGGGUUGGACUGCUCUGCACACACACACACACACACGCACACACACGGGCACAUAUGCACACACACACACACACACACACACACAGUGGGUGAAGGGGGAGCAGGAGGGUGCCCUCAUGACAUAAAAAAGCCACUUUUGUUGGAUUUCAACUAGUGCUUUUUUACUUUUUUGAGAAAAAGAGAUUGUCAUUGGCCACCAUUUUGUUUUGGUAUGCUUUCACAUGCUGGCGAGACAAUGUCAUCUCCAGUCAACUCCAUGAUACACACAUGCGCACACACUCCCACCAGAGAUAUUUUUGUGUAAUUUGUAACCAGAGUGUAGGUGUGUGUGUGUAUCGGACUGUUUACAAAGCCCUCGAAUCCCGGUCUGUCAUUGGCUCACAUCUAAAACUCUAACCUUUAGAACAACCAACCAAUGAUCAAUCAGUGCAGAAAUGAUGAGACCUUUCAGCUCCAAAAGACACAUAAUGCCCCCCCCCGCCCAUCCAACCCCUCUUUGCAGGUCCCUUCGUCCAGGGUAGCAUCACAACGAGGCAGGCAUGUGUAGACAAUUCAUCUCGAUAUACCUCAAAUCUUUAUUGUAAAGGCUAAUAUAUAAUAUGUUUAGCGAUGAGAGUGACAUUGAAGUCACGGCAACAUGAUUGUCCCGUUUUUUUAAGGUUUGUUUUACGGAGUGUGUGCGGUACAAGCCGUCUCAUGGUUUGACAUCUUUUGUAUUUAUUGUUUGUAGGUUUGCACGUUGUCCUUUUUUGGAGUUGAAAGAAACAAUAAAAGGAGGUGUGAGGUUAAUUGAAGAGGUAGGAAAGGACAUAAUAUAUAAUAAUGUAGCCGUAGGGGAGGAAGAAAUCAGCGACGAAAGCUUAAGAAUACAAAGACAGAUGUAGGAAUUGAGAAAAUUGUCAAAGAUCAAGUAGAAAAUGACAUAUCAUCUGUUCGGCAUCACUUAUUUGGCUUAAUUUGUGUUUGACAAUUGUCUUCUGUGUGUGUUAAAGUGAUUCCAAUAUUAAAAAAAAAAGAACCAACCAAGCACCUCUGUCAUUAGGGUUGGGACGAGCGAUUUCUUUUAUGCAUGGAUACUAUAUAAAUGUAUAUAAACCGCAGGAUGAACUGUACCUCUAGGUGGAGAGGGGGAGAAACAGGGAAAAAAAACAACUGGGUUUCCAAGAACAUGC